GUGUGACUCGCUCCAUGAAGGACAAGGUGACCAAGCCCACUGCCAUGGCCCAAGGUCGGGUGGCCCACAUGAUAGAGUGGCAGAGCUGGGGCAAACCAUCUGCGGGGCCGCUAGGGGGUGCAGGACAUACCAACCUGCAGAGGGAAAAGGAGAGGAGGAUGGAGAACGAUGCUUACAGUGAUCUUAGUGAUGGCGAGAAGGAGGCUCGCUUUGCUGCAGGCAUUAUGCAGCAAUUUGCAAUCUCUGAGGCAACUCUGUUUGGUUGGAACUCGAUGGAUGGGGAGAGCAUGGGAGCUGGCUCCAACCAGGGCAGUGUCGCCCACCUGAGUGAGGUCAACCAGGAGAGCAUCACCAGCAGAGACCAGGUGCUCCAUCACUCCUCUGCGGAUGUCUGGCCUCACACCUACGUCUCACAGGGCCUGUACUGCCUCUCGUCUUCUGACGCCUGGGACCCAAUCACCAGCCAGCCCUCGGGCGUGGCCUCGCCUGCUGCGGGCUCCUACGUCAUGGCUGCUGGUGGCAGCAAUGGAGCAGGAGGCACACCUGGUGAGGGCUACGAGGGGACGGUAGGCAGUUACCUUCAGCAGCACCACGUUCAACUCGCCCUGCAGCAGCAGAGUCAACUCCAACAGCUCCAACAGCUUCAUCACUACCAGCAGCAGCAGCUUCUGCAGUACCAACAACAGCAGCAGUCCAUGGAGCACAGGCUACACAGUGCCUCCCAUUCCCUCCAAGCCACUCCCAACAGCACCAUCCACAGCCUCGGUCCACCCACUCACCGGCUAGCUGACCUGUGGGGAGCAGCGCAGGUGGAGAUCGUUGGGCAGCUGAAUGCACACAUGGCUGAAAUGGUUGGAGGUGUGGUGGAGACGGUUGGAGAGGAGCCAGAGCCUGAGUCUGAAGACUUCCCUGAACAGCAUGAAGAGGAAGAGGAGGAGCUAACGAAGGUAGAAGAGGUAACAAUAACUUUGGAGCCAGAGCCAUGCUCUUUGACACCAUCCCCGCUGAGGGAGGACGCCCCUUCGACCAGAGGUUCAAGCCCAGGACUACCAGCACAGACCGCCGAACCCGUCGCAGAGAGAAUACCGUUUGACGUCACGCCCUGCAUCGUCCAGUCGUUGGAAGAGAAAGAUGAAGAGGCGGACGAGGGCUCCAUUGUUGUUGUUGCAACCAACUGAGUGGUGUGGUCACAAACAGACUGUCAAAAACUGGAAAUGAAUACUCCAAUAAUCAGUCAAGCUAUUAUCCCAACCCCUCCCUCUCCCAAUAUUUACCUACUUUGAGGACGAGGAAAUGCAACUUUUUUUUUAGAUGGAAAUGUUGGAUGUAAUGUAAACUAAG